GCACCAGAAGCAUUUCUUUGUCAAAUUUCACCAUCAAAACCAUCUCAUAAAAAAAUGCUUAUCCAAUCAAUCUGCCUGCGAAAACUGUGUGCAGCUGCUCAAACCAACUCUGCUACCACCACAGCAAUGGCUGCUGCCAUCUCCCUCGUUCACUCUACCUUCCUCUCUAAACCUUCACUCUUCCUCUGUAGAAAUCGCGUUGCUGCCUUCGCUUUCUCCACCACAUCCGCCGUUUCCUCCGACAACCUCCGCACCAAGAAAUGGCGACAACCAGUGAUGGCGGCAUCCGCGUUGGAGGUUGGCGGCGUUAAGAUUUCCAAAGAAGAUGUGGUGCGCGAUGAUCCUACAAACAAUGUCCCUGAUACAAUCUUCACAAAACUUGGAAUGCAACUACAUAGGAGAGAUCAACACCCACUUGGCAUAUUGAAGAACGCAAUCUAUGAUUAUUUCGAUGCGAAUUAUUCUAACAAAUUUGAAAAAUUCGAAGAUCUUUGUCCAAUUGUUCCCGUGAUAGCGAAUUUUGAUGAUGUCUUGGUUCCCGCUGAUCAUGUUAGCAGGAGUUAUAAUGAUACGUACUAUGUUGACUCCCAAACUGUUUUGAGGUGUCAUACUAGUGCUCAUCAAGCUGAAAUACUAAGGAGUGGACACACUCAUUUCCUUGUUACUGGAGAUGUCUAUCGUAGAGACUCUAUUGACUCUACGCACUACCCAGUUUUCCAUCAGAUGGAAGGUGUUCGAGUAUUUUCCCCUGAAGAUUGGGAGUCAUCUGGCCUGGAUGCUACAACCUAUACAGCUCAGGAUUUGAAGACAUGUUUGGAGGGGUUGGCAAGACACUUAUUUGGUGCUGUUGAGAUGCGUUGGGUUGAUACUUAUUUUCCUUUCACUAGUCCAUCUUUUGAACUUGAAAUAUUUUUCCAGGAGAAGUGGUUGGAAGUAUUGGGCUGUGGGGUAAUGGAGCGAGAGAUACUAAAAAGAAGUGGUAAAACAGAAAACUAUGCUUGGGCUUUUGGUUUGGGACUGGAGAGGCUAGCCAUGGUCUUAUUUGACAUACCUGACAUUCGACUUUUCUGGUCAAGCGAUAAGCGGUUUACUUCUCAGUUCACUAAAGGCCAGCUUGGUGUUAAGUUUAAGCCAUUUUCAAAGUUCCCUCCUUGUUACAAAGACGUAAGUUUUUGGAUAAGUGAGGCAUUUACCGAGAACAACUUAUGUGAAGUGGUCCGAGGCAUUGCCGGAGAUCUCGCAGAAGAGGUGCAAUUGAUUGAUAAUUUUACCAAUAAGAAAGGCAUGACAAGUCACUGCUAUCGAAUCACUUAUCGAUCGAUGGAGCGUUCUCUUACAGAUGAGGAAAUAAACGAGUUGCAGUCGAAAGUGAGAGAGGUGGUGCAGGAAAAGUUGAAGGUUGUUUUAAGAUAAGAUUUUGGCGCUAAGGAUCUGUGGCUUGUGACUUCUGCCUUGUAUAUUUCUUCACUUGCUAUAAUCUAUAUAUGAAAUCGGUUCUUUUUUUGCUUAAUAUAGUUCAUUAGUAGUUCUUAGCUUGCACUUUUCUUGGUUUCACACAUGCUUGAGAAACCUCUGCAAUGACUCAAAAUUGAGGAGUAGAAAUGCUGUAUCAAUAUUUCACAUGAUAAUGACUGCUGUGUUUUUUGAACA